CCCUCCAUCCCAAUUCGCCAGCCAAUCGCCGUCGUCUCGGCUGUGUUUCUGCUACUCUCUCUUCCACGUAGCACCGCGUUUUUUUCUCUCUCCCGGCGUUUACCAGUCCAAUUCAGUCCAUCGUUCAACCCCUUUGUAUCUCUCUCUCUCUACGCCAUUUUUUCCCAGCUUCCCUUCCUCAAACUUGGAGGCUAAUUCCAUUGCUAAAAUCUACGUAGAUUUUCCCUUCUGAACUUGUUAUUUCGUUGUGGGGGGUGGUUUGAUCGGGGAAUUCUUCUUGCCGUUGCCGGUGGGAUUGUUUAAUGGGCUCAAGUCUCGAUGCAUCACCUGCCUCAGUUUUUCUCUCCCAGGAAACGAAGCAAAGCCAUGGAUCCGAGGAAAAUUGCAGGGAAACCCAAGCUUUACCGACUUAAUGCGGCCAAGAACAUCGACUAUGACGCUGCUUACUCGUCUUCUUCGUUCGAUGAUUCCUCUGGGUCUCUCUACACUCGCUCCAUGGAGACCUUCAAUCCCUCGAGCUUCCGGAUUAAAGGGCUUGACGGUGAAGUUGAUCUCAUAUGUCGGACUUUAGGGCUAGAUGGCCCUGACGACUUCGCUAUUCCGAUGGAGGCUUGGGAGGCCAGGAAGGUUCGUUCAUCUUCUGAUAUUCUACCGAGGUCGAGGAUGUAUCCCGUGGAUAGUCCAAAGACAGAGGAGAUUAGUAAGGAGAAGGAAGAUGAAGAAAACGAAGACGAAUUGUGCCGGAGGGUUAAGGAUUCAGUACGAAUUAGCGAUGAGAUGUCCACGCUGAAGACUGAACUUCCCGAGUUGAGUGAACGUCGUAUGGAUACUGUUACUGGACGUAGCCCGAGAAGUGGAAUCAAUGGUGCUCGGCCUCCCUUACUCAAGCCGCCGCCGUGUAUGCGGCUUCCAGAUUUCGAUAACGCUUUCUCGACUUGGGACAUUUUGAAAGCUUUUGCUCCAUUAGAGGAUGAUAAAAAACAGGAUGAAGUAGAAGAACGACUCGAACCUUUGGUUGAACGAGAAGUCGAGGAAAAUAUUGUCAGGCCCGUGGAGAGCGCAGCGCUCAUAGAGUCCUGGGGUUCCUUCACAACCUCGAAUGACGAUGAUUCUUCGAGCAGUACGACGGAGCCUGCAAAUAUUUCACCCAAUAUGAGAGGUAAACCCAUUAUCACAUCCUGGGUGGAAACCGGUAGGCUUCUUGGACGCGGUUCAUUUGGAUCAGUUUCCGAAGCAAUUUCAGAGGAUGGAAUCUUUUUUGCUCUUAAAGAAGUUUCACUGCUCGAUGAAGAUAGUCAGGGAAGACAGAGCAUCUUUCAACUUCAGCAGGAGAUAUCUCUUCUAAGUGAAUUUGAGCAUGAGAACAUAGUUCAGUACUACGGCACACAUUCGGAUGGGUCAAAACUCUAUAUCUUCUUGGAGCUUGUAUCUCAAGGCUCCCUUCUGAAUUUAUAUCAGAGAACAAACCUUCUGGAUUCCAUUGUUUCUGCCUAUACAAGGCAGAUUCUGUCUGGUUUAAAGUAUCUUCAUGAGCGAAAUGUGGUUCACAGGGAUAUUAAAUGUGCUAAUAUAUUGGUGGAUGUGAAUGGAUCUGUGAAGCUUGCAGAUUUUGGUUUGGCGAAGGCAACAAAAUUCAACGACGUUAAAUCUUGCAAGGGAACUGCGUUCUGGAUGGCACCUGAGGUGGUUAAUGGGAAGGGUCAAGGAUACGGGCUUCCGGCCGAUAUAUGGAGCCUUGGGUGCACAGUAUUGGAAAUGCUAACUCGAAAGCUUCCGUACUCAGAAGUCGAAAGUCCUAUGCAGGCACUAUUUAGGAUUGGAAAAGGCAAAGCGCCUGUAGUUCCUGAGUCUCUCCCAAAAGAUGCACAGGAUUUCAUUUUGCAGUGCCUACAAGUAAAUCCACACGACCGUCCUAUCGCUGCUGAUCUAAUAAAUCAUCCGUUUGUGAAACGACCAGUUUCCAGUUUAUCAGUGUCGGCAUCUCCUUACAACAAGCCAGGCAGAAGAAUUUAACUUAUAAGAUUCUCGAGUCGAAAAUAGCCAUAUACGUCCAACUAACAUGAUUACGUCCUUUAGUUGUUGAAUGGGUUGCUGGCUGUGAAAGUUGGAUGACAUUUUUUCCUGUAAUUACUGUAAUUCAAGUGUAUAUCAUAUCUUGAUCUAUACGCCCGGAAGGAGGGUGUACUAGUUUGUCUGCCAUUGCCAUUGCCAUUGACGCAAGAACAGUGAAAUGGAAGUGCUUCUAGUUGUUGUAUCCUAGUAGUUCCUCGCAUAAGAACAACAGAGGACAAGAAGAUUGUAAUUUUGAUGAUUCAUCUUAUGAUGGUUUAUUAUUUAAGUCGGUUUUUUUUUUAAUUUGCUUAGAUAAUUAGCUGAUUUAGGCAUAAGGCUUGUACUCCUUGUUGUAGCGGUACAAAGAAGGAACAUUUCCACUACUUGUAAAAAAAAUUAUACAUAUAUUUAUGCAAGUUAGUUGAUUAUUUAUUUUA